AUGGGCAAGUUUGACGACAACGAGAGGAUAAUCCUCAACGUCGGGGGCACCAGGCACGAGACCUACAAGACCACCCUGAAGACCCUGCCGGGGACGCGACUGGCGCUGCUCGCCUCCGACUCGGACCUCGACUCCGUGCUGGACCAGCUGCAACAAGUCCCCGGCUUCAUCGAGUACAACGCGCGGACCAACGAGUACUUCUUCGACCGCCACCCGGGCGUGUUCGCCUACGUGCUCAACUACUACCGCACCGGGAAGCUCCACUGCCCGGCGGAUGUGUGCGGACCGCUGUUCGAGGAGGAGCUCUCCUUCUGGGGCAUCGAUGAGACGGACGUGGAGCCCUGCUGCUGGAUGACCUACCGGCAGCACCGGGACGCGGAGGAGGCGCUGGACGUGUUCGAGCUCAACUGUGACAACGGGGACGAGGACGACGAUAUAGGAAAGAGGCUCGGCAUUGACGAGGUGGAUGCCGACGGUAACGUCAACCUGUGGAGGAAGUGGCAGCCGGUGAUCUGGAAUCUAUUCGAGGAUCCCUACUCCUCCAGGGCGGCGAGGUUUAUUGCCUUUGCAUCUUUGUUCUUCAUCCUGGUCUCCAUCACCACAUUCUGCCUGGAGACGCAUGAAGCUUUCAACACCAUAAUCAACAAAACGGAUCUGAUGCGGAACAGCAGUGGGCCGGACUUGGGCCCUCAGUACGAGAUUGAAACAGAUCCUGCGCUCACCUAUGUGGAGGGUGUCUGCGUCUUUUGGUUCACAAUUGAGUUCCUGGUGCGUGUGACAUUCUGCCCGGUCAAGUUGGAGUUUGUUAAAAGCGUCCUCAACAUCAUUGACUUUGUGGCCAUCCUGCCUUUCUACCUAGAGGUAGGGCUGAGUGGCCUUUCUUCAAAGGCCGCCAAGGAUGUGUUGGGUUUCCUCAGGGUGGUGCGCUUUGUUCGUAUCCUGCGUAUCUUCAAGCUCACACGUCAUUUUGUGGGGCUAAGGGUGUUGGGCCACACUUUACGUGCCAGCACCAAUGAAUUCUUGCUACUCAUUAUCUUCCUGGCAUUGGGAGUGUUAAUUUUUGCCACCAUGAUUUACUAUGCUGAACGAAUCGGCGCCAAGCCCAACGACCCCACUGCUAGCAACCACACCAAGUUCAAGAACAUCCCCAUUGGCUUCUGGUGGGCUGUGGUGACUAUGACUACACUGGGAUAUGGCGACAUGUAUCCAGAGACCUGGUCAGGCAUGGUGGUGGGGGCAUUAUGUGCUUUGGCUGGCGUGCUGACGAUAGCCAUGCCUGUGCCGGUUAUCGUCAAUAACUUUGGGAUGUACUACUCUUUGGCCAUGGCCAAGCAGAAGCUCCCCAAAAAGAGAAAGAAACACAUCCCUCAGGCAGUGCAGGGGGGGUCCCCCAGCUACUGCAAAGCUGAUCUCAACACCACCUGCAACAGCACUCAAGGUGACCUGUGCCACGUCAAAGGGAGCAGGGUACUAGAACCCUCAGUUCUGUCGGCAGACUGCAGCAGUGACCUGACCAUGUCUCCAGAGGAGAGUGUCCCCAUGCGAAGGUCGAGCACCAGGGAACAGGACCAUCGGGGCGGGGGAACUUGCUUCCUGCUCUCUGCUAGUGACUACACCUGCCCUGCAGACGGAGCAAUGAGAAAAACAGGUAACUGUACAUGCUAUGAGAAAUCCCGGAGUUUAAACAACAUAGCGGGCAUGACUGGCAUGGCUGGUAACACCCUGAGGUUGUCUCCUGUGACCUCGCCCUACGGAUCGCCCUGCCCUCUGCGCCGCUCUCGCUCCCCUAUCCCCUCCAUCCUGUGA